CCGGGGACUGUCAGAGACUCGGCACGCAGAGCAUCCAGCCCAGACAACAGGAGCAGCUAAACCAUGGCAGGAGAAAAGAAACUACGUGACAAAGAGCUGAGAAUCGUUCUGGUGGGAAAGACUGGAGUAGGGAAGAGUGCAGCGGGAAACACCAUCCUGGGGAGAAAGGAGUUCAAAUCUGCCCUCAGCUCUUCCUCUGUAACUUCAGAGUGUGACAAAGCUACAGGAGAAGUGGACGGGAGAAAGGUGGCCGUGGUGGACACUCCAGGCCUGUUUGACACUAAUUUCACCAACGAGGAAAUCAUAAAGAAGAUCGCACUGUGUAUAUCCCUGUCUUCUCCUGGACCACAUGCUUUCCUGGUGGUCCUGCAGCUGGGCAGAUUCACACGGGAGGAGCAGGACGCAGUGGAGAUCAUUCAGACCACAUUCGGAUCUGAAGCAGCUGGAUACACCAUGGUGCUGUUCACACGUGGAGAUGAUCUAGAGGAAAACAUUUAUGACUUUGUGAAACGCAAUGGAAAGCUUGCAGAAUGUGUUAAAAAAUGUCGUGGUGGAUGCCACGUGUUCAACAACAAAGAUAUGGGAAAUCGCUCUCAGGUCACAGAGCUGCUGGAAAAGAUAGAGAACAUGGUGAACAAGAACUUAGGAAGCUGUUACACCAGUGAGAUGUAUAAGAAAGUGGAGAAGGCUAUUGAGGAGGAGAAAAAGAGGAUUAUGGAAGAGAAGAAGCUGAAAGAAGAAGAGGCUAGAAGAGAAGCAGAGAGAAAUAAUGAAUUUGUGAGGAAUGCUACAGUUGGGUGCACAGUGGCAGGAGCUGUGGCAGGAGCUGGAGCUGGAGCUGGAGCUAUGUAUGCAGGAGCCAAAUUAGGAGCCCUGGCGGGAACAGUAGCAGGUCCAGUUGGGAUGGCAGUCGGAGGAGCUGUGGGGGCCGCCGCUGGGGGAACCAUAGGGUUUGUAGCGUCCAAGAAAUGUACCAUUCAGUGAACGGAGAGAGAGGCGUCGAAUCGGCUCCCUUUUAACCCUUCAGUGCACAUUUUAGUAAUUCUCUUGCGUUCACCUGAACACAUUAUCACCAGACUUUACCCAAAGUGCUCCAUAUUUUGUUGUUAGACUUAGACAUUAUGAAGAAAAGUGGUGGAUGGGCUUCUCUCAGAGUGACACCAAAUGCGGUGCUGCUUCGGUCUUAAAGGAAAAGGAAUGACAGGCUUCCUCUGCAUAAGGACCACAACUAGUUCCUGGAGAUGUGCUGAUAAUGCGAAUUGUUACAAACACAAGGAACACAUAAAUAAUGCCCCACUGAGCUACAGAAUGCUCCUCCAUUUGUUACCAAGCAUGCAAAAUUUCUCCGCUGCCUUUGAACAUUGACGUCAUUAGGUGAUAGGACAGACACAGAGACAGAGGUGCGCUACGCUGGAACCCUUGUGUGUGGGACCACAGCAGUGCGACUUGUUGGAUCCAAACUGAAUUUGCACAUAUCUUGACUUCUCCAGGAAAAACUUGUGACAGUGGUUUGUCUGUCCUAUGCAGCUUAAUGGAAAUCAAGAGAUGAACAUAUUUUUUGUGUAAGAACAACUGCAAGUGCUUGCUUACUUCAAUUACAGUGCUAAAAAAUGAUAUGAUUCUCCAAGUCGAAAUAAAUCAUGUCUAAAUCUUACAUGUGUCUCUGUUUGGUUACUAAGAGCUUUUGUUGCAGGGUCACACAGCUCAGUACUUUUCCUCACUAGCAGUGAAGGAUGUGGGACUGAAGAUAAAAGUCACUCACUGGGGACACGGCCGAGGGACCAUUCUCUUAGACCUCUGAACCCCUGCUCACGGUUUCCCAUCAUGCAUUGUAGAUAAGUGGGACAUGAACAGACACCUGAAGAAGCCGCUCUGGGGCGUUUUGAUCAGUCAGGUC